AUGAGAUGUCUUCGUCGCAUCCUCUCCAUCUCAUGGACAGAUAAGGUCUCUAACAAUGAGGUACUUGCAAGAGCCAAUAUCCCCUCGAUGUUCACCCUGCUAGGACAGCGCAGAUUGAGGUGGCUCGGUCAUGUGUACCGGAUGGAGGAUGGGCGAAUCCCUAAGGAUCUGCUGUAUGGCGAGUUGGAAUCCGGUUCGAGGCCUAUUGGCAGACCUAAGCUGCGUUUCAAGGACGUAUGCAAGAGAGAUAUGCUCGCCACUGGCCUGCCAACAGAUAACUGGGAGCUACAUGCUGCAGAUCGGAGUGAUUGGAGGUCUGUGUGCAGUCUGGCUCUCCAGGCGGGAGAGGAAAGGCUGAAAGCUGAAGCCGUUGAUAGAAGAGCUAAGAGAAGAGCAGAAAUGAACAAAGCAACGUGUGUUCCAGUGGCAUGUGUCUUUGUGUGCAGUGGAUGCGGCCGUGUCUACCGUUCUAGAAUUGGGCUUUUCAGCCACGAGAGAAAGUAUUUGUCGCAAUUGCGCUAG